AUGGUGUUCGCAAAAGGAAUUUUAGUGGACCCGACAAAGGUGGAGGCAGUGGUAAAAUGGGUCAAGCCUAAUAAUGUUAAUGAAGUACGAAGUUUCUCAGAUUUUGCAGGUUACUACAAGAAAUUCAUAGAAGGGUUUUUGAGUAUUGCCGCUGCAAUGACAAAGUUGACAAGAAAUUAUGAGAAGUUUUUAUUGACAAAUAAGUGUGAGGAGAGCUUCCAAGAAUUGAAGAAAAGACUAGUGAUUGCACCAAUUCUUACAAUCCCCUUGGGAGAUGAAGGCUUUGUUAUAUACAGUGAUGCUUCACUAAAGGGUUCAAGUGGUGUUUUAAAUGCAGAAUGGGAAAGUUAUUGCAUACAUUUCCUAACAAUUGAAAUAUUAUGA